GUUCUGUAUUCCGACGUUUCUUGACAUUAUUACGUCAAGGUUGCUUUGUUAUUGUUUAUUAACUACAAAAGUCAUUGCAACAGUUCUGAACCGCAGUCUCAAUGGCGCUGAAGCCGACAACUUGCAAGGAGGCUAUAGCGAAGUGGGAGAAGGAUAAGGGCGAGAGUGCCGCGGACGCCAAAGUGGUGGAGUUGCAGUUCCAGUGGCCUCCCAUCGAGAAGAUGGAUGGAGCACUCUCCACACUCGCUGCCUGCGAAAAACUUAGCCUUUCUACUAACAUGAUCGACAAAAUAGGCGGUAUUGCUGGUAUGAGAAAUCUGAAAAUAUUGUCCGUAGGGCGAAAUUAUAUUAAAUCUUUAGCGGGAAUUGAAACAGUAGCAGACAGUCUUGAAGAACUGUGGAUCAGCUACAAUCCUAUCGACAAACUAAAAGGCAUUGGAUCUAUGAAGAAUCUGAAGGUGCUCUACAUAUCCAACAACCAAAUCAAAGAAUGGGUGGAAUUUAAUAGAUUGCAGGACUGUCCGAACCUGCGCGACCUGGUGUUCAUCGGGAACCCGAUCUGUGAGAACCAGCCAGACGUGGAGACGUGGCGCAACCAGGCCAUGACGCGCCUGCAGCAGAUCACCAAGCUCGAUGGCAUCCCCCUCAUCAGAGAGGGCUAGUGGACGAACUAAAGGAGUUGGCUAGAUAUUAAAUUUAUUUAUGCAUUUUGGUUCAUUUAUCGCGUCAAUAUGCGAACAACAUGCCACGACUACUGUAGAUAUUUAAGUAGAGUAUACAAAAGUCUACGAAAAAUAUUACUGUGGGUAGUAUUGUAAAUUAAGGUACCUAUAGAGUACGUUACGGAAGACAAUUAUACGAUCCUGACGACCCGAUAGCUCUAGCUAUAGAAGCGGCCAAUGAGCUCGCGACAACAAACACUUCCGGACGCCGAUACCGACCCCGCCGUCGUGGUCGAUGAUUUCCCUCAUUUGGCGCUUACCGCUAUCGACCCACUAGGGUCGAUCAAUUCUUCCAAUAUCCUCUCAGACGACGCUCUGAGCCGAGGUUCGCGCACCGUCAGGCCUGUUGUCUUAAUUUUGUACCGGGUGAUAACCCUCAGCGCUCCCCAUUUUUCCGGCCAAGUAGUAAAUCUACAAAAAGUCACGUCAAAAAAAAAACUUGUACGUUAUUUUCAAGGUACUUACUUAUUGAGAGUUAAAAUAAAACACCGUUUGUAUUGUAUUGUUCGCUCGUGAUUCCUAACCUCAAGUAGGUAAUUAUCUAAACACAUUUUGUGUACUCCGCUAAGAUAUAGACUUUUACACAUUUUAAAAGAUUUAAAAUCGGUAUUCGUGUUGGAACACAAUCUUAAAUACCUAUUAGAUUAUUAAGUAGGUAGUUUUUCUUCCGUCUUGAAUAGUUUUCGCUUUGUACUCGUGUAUAAUAAAUAAAAUAUCGUAAAUAAUUUAAAUCUUAUU